UGACAUUGACGAUGAGGAGGACAUCCCCACCUUCACCUCGCCCUCUCCGGUCUGCUCCCCUCUGCCCCCCGCCUCCCCUCACUACUACCUCACCCACACCAAACCCGCUCUGCAGUCCCCCACCCGGUCUUACCCGUCUCCCCUGGGCCCCUCUCCGUCCCGGCCCCGCGCUGUGGUUGCCAGCCUGUCCUUCAACAAGGGGACUCCCAGCAAGCCCCUGCACACCAACGGGACCUGCGUGACUCGCGCCGCCUCCUUCCACAGCCGCUUCAGCCCCAACGGAUACUCGGCCAUGUUCGGGGCGGGCAGCGACAACGACAGCCUGCACAGCUCCACGUCCAGCCUGGAGUACGCCGGAGGGGGGUCCAAGCUCCUGUCCUACCCCUCCCCCCGCACGCCCGAAGAGUACCCACCACACAACGCCCACCAGCAGCCUAUCAACGCCAACUUCAACCACACCAAGUUCUCUCAGGAGUCCAAACCCACCUCAGACCUGCACAACCCCAACGGAGACGCAGGGGGCGCUGUGGGGAGGAGCGGCGCGUCGGAGCACCUCUCUCCCGGCUUCAAGUUUGUCAGUGCUAAUGCUAAUGCUAACUCUACCUGGAACGGGCGUUUCCGUAGUAACGGCAGCUUCGGAGAAGAGAUCCAUUCUUUCAACAACCACAGCCCAAAGCCAGCCACCCCGGCAAGUCCGAGGAAGACCCCCCAGCUCAACAAGUUCCCCCUGGACUUGGACAGUAUAGUGACCGGUCCCUCUGUCCCUCCAGAGACAAUGUCCCCCCGAACCGCUGUCCCACCACCACGCUCCCCCGGCUCUGGGAUGGUCAGCUCGUCGGCCUCCCUGAGCAGUCUGGAGAGCUCGGACAUCCCUCCCCUCUACCCACCCGUCACCCCGCCGCCCGUCUUUACACCCGUCACACCGCCCGGCCCCCAGCGAGUUCCCAGAGUAAGCCCCUGCCCGGUGCCCCUGUCCCCCGCCCAGACCCCCCGGCUGCAGCUCCUGUCAGGUCCUCAGGUGGGGCAGGUGGACAGUGUCUCCUUCCCCAGGAGUCCCAUGUCCUCACAGGGGGACAAAGAAGACGAGCUAGGGGACAGCGUGGGCUCCAUCCUCCAGAGGAUCGCUUCCUUCUCUCAGGCGGCGCUCCACACCAGCACCAACACCACCUCCGGGCUGCCCGGGCAAAUGAUCCAACCACCAGCACCCCAAGGACCCCAAGGACCCCAAGGACAGAGCAAAGACAGUGCCGGAGACCUGGAGCGUGACGUCCCCAUGGAGGACACAGAGGCCACACCCACUGCCAUAAGCACCGCCCCCUCUACAACCACACCCCCCACCACCAACGGCAGCCGCUCCGAGCCUGGACAUGACGGACAGGGACAGGAGCACACGGAGCAGAGGGCGGUCAUCAUGUCAGUCCUGGAUGAGAACCACACCCAUGGGCCCGCACAGGACAGCGAGGGCCCUGCGGUGGACAGUGAGGGGCCCCGGGACACUAGGACCCAGCACCCGGAGAACGGCGUGCACCCGGACCCCCAGACCCCCCACUGCCCCUCCCCCGACCCCGACAUGAGCUACAUCAGCGGGGCCGACUUGUUUGGGUACGUGGGCAUCGAGGCCGUCCUGGACCAGAUGAGGCGCAAGACCAUGAAGGCCGGCUUCGAGUUCAACGUCAUGGUGGUGGGUCAGAGCGGUCUCGGGAAGUCCACUCUGGUCAACACUCUGUUUAAAUCCAGAGUGAGCAGAAAGUCCUGCUCCAGCCUGCACCACGAGAAGAUCCCCAAGACUGUGCGCAUCCACGCCGUCAGCCACAUGAUUGAAGAGAAGGGUGUGAAGAUGAAGCUGACCGUGGUGGACACUCCAGGCUUUGGAGACCACAUCAACAACAACAACUGCUGGGAGCCCAUCGUGGCCUAUGUGCAGGAGCAGUAUGAGAAGUACCUGAGGGAGGAGCUCAACGUGACGCGCAAACGCCGCAUUCCAGACACCAGGGUGCACUGCUGCGUCUACUUCCUGCCCCCCACUGGACACAGGUUACGGGCCAUAGACGUGGAGUUCAUGAAACACUUGGGGAGCAUCGUUAGCAUCGUGCCGGUCAUCGCUAAAGCUGACACUCUAACUCUGGACGAGCGGCUGGACUUUAAGCACAGAAUCCGGCAGGACCUAGCGGCUAACGGCAUCCAGGUGUACCCCCAGAAAGAGUACGACGAGGACCCCGAGGAGAGCGUCCUCAACAACAGCAUCAGGGAGUGUAUCCCCUUCGCGGUGGUGGGCACUGACAGAGAGCACCAAGUCAACGGCAACAAGGUCCUGGGACGCAAGACCAAGUGGGGCAUCAUCGAAGUUGAAAACGCGGCUCACUGUGAAUUCUCCCAUCUGAGAGAUCUGCUCAUCAGGUCUCACCUCCAGGACCUGAAGGACGUCACCCAUAACAUCCUGUAUGAGACAUACCGUGUGCGGAGACUCAACCAGGCCAACGUGGACUUCAGCGAGCUGGGUCUGCCAUCAUCCGGGUCCCCCCUGUGCUCCAGCCUCUGCUCCACCCUCUGCUCCGGCAUCCAGGACCCAAGUGAGGGGGAGAGCCAGCUGUGACCGCACCCACCUGCACGUGACCCCGCUCACCUGCAUGUGACCCCGCACCCUGUGCUCCACCCUCUGCUGCGGGGCUCAAGACCCACGUGAGGGGGAGAGCCAAAUGUGACCCCCGCCCAUCCAAAUAUGAUCCCGCCCGAUGUAAUACUACGGACCAAGAAGAACAGAGAACCAGGUGUGAUCCUGCCCAUCUACAUGUUACUCCGCCCCCUGUGGACCUGCCUCGUGAAACUCCGCCCCAUAAUUCUACAGUCCAAUCAGAGCAGAGAGCCAAAUUUGAGUGACUUCACCCCAUGUGACUCCGCCCCUCACACUACUCAGGGCCAAUCAAAGCAGAUAAAAUCUUUGCUCUGCUCUGGACCAAUCACAAUCAGGAGAGCGACGCCUGUGACUCCGCGUUCUGUAACUCCUCCCCUGCACCGCUUUGGACCAAUCAGAGCAGUGAGAGUCUCUUUUGUCCCCUGUAUCUCUCCUGACCAAUCAGAUGAGAGAUGGUCAACAAUAGCCCACCCUCUCUGACUCCGCCCCCUGCACGGACCAACCACAGGAGUGAUACCUACCUGUGACUCCGCCCCCUGCCAUGCUCCAGGCCAAUCAGAGCAGAGAGUAAAUAUUUUGAUGAUAGAUAGAGACUUUGUUAUAUUCAUCCCAUAUUUUUACAAUGGGAGUAUAGUUAGUGAUUGUUUUGUUUUGUUUUUGUACAUUUUACAUACUUUUCAUAGAGAUAAUGUUAAAAUGUUAAUAAAAUGUGAUAAUUAAGACGUUUAUGAUGCAAAGAACAUCAGCAGACUGGAUCAACAAUACUACUGACCGUUACCGUGACGACAAACCACAAUCAGAGCAGUGCUGAGGUCCACAAAUGUAUCCGCAGUUUUUAUGUUCGAUCUAAUAUUAAAGACAUGUAGAUAAUCAAAUACACCGUACAGGGUGACCAGUUGGACUCUUUAGUACUGUUUGUAGUACUUUUACUUCAGAAAUAUAAGAUACAGCGUACAAUAUUUUUUUGUAUUUUUAAAGAAUAAACCAGAACUAUUCAACAAUGUAAAUAUAUCUGUCAAAGCUUUUGUCGUACUCACGAUUAUUAACUUCAAAAUUGUACUACAGAUUAAAAUUACUUAAUGGCCCGGUA